CUCUAAGCAAAUUCUUAGUGUCACAUUCCUUUCUGAGUUUCUCUAUUUAUUUCUUCAAAUCGAGUGGCAGUUUGGUUUUGUUUGUACAACCUAUUUUGGCUAAGAGACCGAGACCAAGGACUCGAAUCCGAAUCCAGGCAUGGCUAGAAGAACGCCCCUGGAGCCGGGGACAGACGAACACCAGGAGGUUUCACGCCUGUUCAACGCGAGGAACCGGUCACGCGGUGUAUCGCUGAACUUGGUUUCGGUGGAGAAGGUGCGGAACGACGCCCUGGAGCAGCGGUUCCGCGCCAAGGAGCGCGAAUACCGGGAGCAGUCCGCCCGCACUGGGUACGGCCACGUGAGGAUCGUGGACCUGUGGCACGGCACCCGGCAGGAGCACGUGGAGAGCAUACUAGAGAACAACUACGACGUGGCCCGGCAUGGACAGGGCGUGGGCCACCGCUUCGGUGCGGGGGUGUCAUUCUCGGCCCUGUCGGGCUACGCGUCGCACUACUGCGACGACCACCCCAUCGAUUACAUGCUCCUGAAUAAAGUACUCAUAUCCAACAUCGUGGAGGUGCAGGAGAAUUUCGGCGGCAGCCCCGUGCUUCUGGAGCCGCCGAUCAUCCCUGGGAGUUCGCCACCGAUUCGAUACGACACCACGGCCAAGAACGCUCAGCGCAUGGACGUGAUCGUCAAGUUUGACAAUGACACGUUCUUGCCGACCCACGUGGUCCGGUUCACGCGCGUGCACGGCGCGUACUACUCGGACGACUCUGAGUAGCUGAGCUGCCUGCAGACAGGUUCCGAGACUCGUUUCGUCGCUCUGUCUCUCUCGCACCCACGUCGAACGCCUCAUGAGUGCGAGAGAGACGGAGCGAUGACAGCGGCUCUCGGAAUCACUCUUCAGGACGCGAAGAAGAAAGGAACAACAUCCCAAGACCGCGCUGACGGCUCUCCUGGUUCCGUCACUGCAGACAAACACAUCCCCAUUAUUUUUGUUAUUACUUGACCCUCAUCUUUAUGCGACCGGGUGUCUACUAAUAAAUUUCAAGUGAUGUAUUUUGGUGUUUGAUUCAAAACCAGAUACUUUUUUCCGUCUUCAAUAGAGGAAUCCUUUUCACCCCC